UGUUGUUUCCUUUUUAGCCCCUCGCUAGCUCGCUUUUGGGGUCGAUUCUGGUUGCUCUUUUUGAGCUCCAAUCUCUUCCGUAUUCUUUCGCGAUUCUCGCUCGGGUUUAUGCCAUGAAGAUGCCAGCUUGGUGGGAGGGGAAGUCGAAGUCCAAGCCGAAACCCAGUUCCAGUCGUCGGUCUGCGGCGGAGCAGGAGCAGUCGCACCCGGUGGACGAUGAGGACGUGACGCCGAAGCGCGGCAGCGGGCGCGGGAAGGUGAAAGGUAACAUCUUUGACGGGAUUCUUGGCUUCAGACGGAGCAAAGUUCCUUCCCCCAUUUCCGCCGGCGGCGGCUGUGGAGGUGGUGGCCGGAAUGUUUCGGUGUUCGGUCAACCGCUUCCGCUGCCGAAGUCGGUCUCGUCGCCACUGCCGUCUUUGGUGUCUCACGAGCACCCGGCGGUCGCGGGGUCGGCGUCGGCGUCGACGUCGGUGUCGACCUCCAGCGGCAGCUCCUCGGCGUCGUCGGAUGAGACUCCUGAUCUCGGGUUCUACAGGUAUCCGGAUACGAUCAGCAUGCCAAGGGGAAGAAAUGUAGCACCUGACUUGCAAUCGCCUCAGUAUACAACUGAAGACCGGCAGCUCUUCUCCCGCGUUGCAGCUUUGGAACAUCCGAAAUACUUUGAAAGCUCUGAUACUCCAAGAAAAGAGUCACAAUCACACGGAUUCGAUCCUUCCUCUAAUGGUAGGACUGCCUACUCUCGUGUCCAAUCUUCGGCUGAGACUUUAUAUGGUAGAAGAACUGCAAUUUCUUCCCCUGGGCAUCCUUUUCCUACCUCCCCUGUGCAUUCCAAAGCAUUUGGUUUAUGUCCAGUCUCCCCAAGCCAACGACAGGAUAAUUUUAGGAGCCCACCUCAUCCCUUACCUCUUCCUCCAAGCUCCCCUAGCUCUUCAUCCUCUUCUUCACGUUCUCCAAGGCUGCAGUGGAAGAGGGGAAAAUUGAUAGGCAGGGGAACCUUUGGCCAUGUCUAUCUUGGAUUUAACAGUGAGAGUGGGCAGAUGUGUGCAAUCAAAGAGGUCAAAGACAUAUUUGAUGACAAAAAUUCAAAAGAGUGUCUCAAGCAACUAAGCCAGGAAAUUGCUUUGCUCAGUCAGCUGUCCCAUCUAAACAUUGUGCAGUACUAUGGAAGUGAGCUGGCUGAAGAUACACUCUCAGUCUAUCUGGAGUAUAUCUCUGGGGGUUCUAUUCACAAGCUACUUCAGGAGUACGGUCCUUUUAGUGAACCUCUAAUCCGGAGCUAUACUGCACAGAUCCUUUCUGGACUUUCAUACUUGCAUGAGAGGAAUACUGUGCACAGGGAUAUCAAAGGAGCAAAUAUACUUGUAGAUCCUAAUGGUAAAAUCAAACUGGCUGAUUUUGGAAUGGCUAAACAUAUAUCAUCUUGCACUUCAAUACGUUCAUUUAAAGGAAGCCCUUACUGGAUGGCUCCUGAGAUUAUCAUGAAUGGAAGUGGCUAUAACCUCUCUGUAGAUAUAUGGAGCCUGGGAUGUACAGUUCUUGAGAUGGCGUCUUCAAAGCCACCCUGGAGCCAGUAUGAGGGGGUAGCUGCCAUAUUCAAAAUUGGGAAUAGCAAAGAUAUACCAGAAAUCCCAGACCAUCUUUCUUCUGAAGGAAAGGAUUUUCUAAAGUUAUGUUUGCAGCGUGAUCCAAUGGCUCGCCCUUCAGCUGCUCAACUGAUGGAGCACCCUUUUGUUCGAGACCAAAUAACAACAAAUGCAGCAAAAUUUAAUGAAAUCAGAGAUACUCUGCCUUCUUCCGCUAAUAGAAGUACUAGAAUGCAGUUGACUGUCGAGCUCUCUUCAAAAGAAAACGCUUCUCUACAUGAUAGGGAAUAUGGCAUAUGUCAAACAUCUGGAUUUCUCUCAGAACUUCCUUCAGCAUAUAAGAAUUCAAGAAACUUAACUAGCUUGAGAACAAACAUGUCCCUACCUGUUUCUCCCUGUUCCAGUCCACUAAGGCAGUUCAGACAAUCUAACAGAAGCUGCUUGCCUUCUCCUCGUCAUACAUCUUAUUCUUCCGGAGCAGAUAACUAUAGUCCAGUCAACAAUAUACUCUAUCCAGCUAGAUUAAGCAAUAACAUUUCAAAUCCUUUCUCUGAUAUCGGCUUGCUAAAGGCCCGAACACCAUCUGACUCUUCAAGAAGAUUGAACCUCCGUUUGUAAACAUGAUAGUCAGAAACUGAAUCCGUUCACUGCAAUUGAUGGUGGAAAGAUUGGAAUGGGAUACUAAAAGUCCAUCCUAGUCCGAUGCAGUUGAUGACUCAAUGGGCAGCAUUUGCAAUUGAUGGUGGAAAGUAUUGCUUCAUGUGAUAUCAUCUUCCAUUCAGGAUGGAAGAUUUUGGCUAGUUUUGUCGGUUUUGUUCAUAAAGUUGUUGAGAGUCAACAUGAUCAAUGUCAUGAAUAUCAUAUAUUUAUAGCUUGUACAGAGUAUACGUGUUCACAAUAUAUAAUUGACCAGUAAUUGAGGGUUUUGACAGUGGUAAUGAAGACCUUGUUCUGGAGUUGUUUCAAGUUCAGCUUUUUGCUCUGUAGCAUAAUGAUGUUAACAGAGUUGCAAAUUCAAACACACAGUGUUAAGUGGAAGCUUCAAAA